CCUGACUCCUGACUGGACUGGCAGACUGGCAGACUGGCAGGGAGCCACGGCCCAGGUUAUAAUAAUCCCAAGACCGGGGGCUGUCGUGACCUCGCCCUUUUUGUGGCGCCCUCUUCGACCAUGCUCUGGCCUUGAGCUGGCUGUCUCCUCCUUCCUCACCUGGACUCACAGCAGGCAAAAAGGCAAAUCCCUGAAACGCCCUCCCUUCCCAGCCCGCCGACAUGCCAUCAUCAGCGGGCCACGGGCACUCCAUGUCCGAGGUCACCGACCCUGUGGAGCUGGUACUAUCGACUCCUCAGUCCUUGAGCCGCGCAGUCUAUGCGCGCCGUGCCGAGUACACCAGGCCCCGUCGCCUGAGGCUCAAGAUUGGCUCAUGGAACGUCGCCGCCUGCCCUGGUACCGAUAAAGACCUGGCAGCUUGGUUCGUCGACGGCAAAGGCCUUGACGGCAAUCUGGCCUCCCCUGGGCUUUUUCAGAACCCCGCCAUCAAAACACAAGACCCAGAAGCCGCCGGCUCCCCAUCACCAGCAUCUGCUCGCGUGGUGGGAGGCGACAAGAUCGACCUUUACAUCCUGGGUCUACAGGAGGUUGUCACUCUCAACCCGGUCACCCAGUAUGUCUACUCGGACACGAAUCCCACCGACAAGUGGCGGCUGGCCCUGGAAGCUGCCCUUCCCGAAGGCUACCAGUUCAUCGGCUCAGAGCAGAUGUCCGGGCUCCUCCUUCUGAUGUACGCCUCGCCUGACCUGACCCCUUGUAUUGGGCACAUCAGCACCAAGGCCGUCGGCACGGGCGUGGGCGGCUGGUUCGGAAACAAAGGCGCGACAGCAGCACGCAUUGUUCUCGGGGAGACCACGCGGAUGGUCUUUGUCAAUUCCCACUUGUCCAGCGGCAACGACCCCGCCACCGUCGAACGUCGCUGUUGGGAUGCUAGGACCAUCAUGGACAGAACCCGCUUCGACCCUGCCGUCAUCCCUGGAAGCGACGACGAGGACUACGAGGAUAGGAUCGGGAACGAGGACUUUACUUUCUGGUUCGGCGACCUGAACUUUAGGCUGGACGGUAUACCAGGUGACGACAUCCGCCGCCUGCUAACUCUCCACUCGAAAGGCGAGUAUGACGUGGCCAGGACCAAAUCUCAGGAUCUCGACGGGGAGGACGUGAUUGUUGUGGGGAGGACCUCCGACAGCAGCGAUGAACAGACAGACGAUGCCUCCGGGAGAACGCGUUCGACUGAGCAGAGCAGUGAUGAUGAGUCUCUGUCCCUGCCUGACCCAGACGACUUCGACCCAGACCCUCACGAGGACCCUGCAUCCCUGCAGGCCACUCUAGACUCUUUACUGCCACAUGACCAACUGCUGCGGGUCAGAAAAGAGCGCAAGCUGUUUCAUGACGGUUGGCGUGAGGGCCCAGUUACCUUUUUGCCAACAUACAAAUACGACGUGGGCACCGUGGGCUUGUUUGAUUCCAGUGAGAAGAAAAGAGCCCCCAGCUGGUGUGAUCGCAUCAUGUACCGGACCAAAAGAGACAGAGAAGAGUACGAAAGGAAGCUCACGGAAGAGGCGGAAGCUCGGAAAAGGGACGAAGAGAUGAAAUCUCGCGGCAUUGAUCAAGCCGGGGACGACGACGAGGUUCUUUUUGACUAUGACCCGGAAAGUGACGGAGAUACGACACCUGCUGGAAAGCCCGGUCUGGACUAUGACGAGUAUGAUGAGAACGGCGAGGAUACAGCCGCGGAUGCCGUUGCCGCAGACGCCUUGGACCGGAUCAAUUUGAACCUCUAUACCUCCCAUCAGCGAAUAACAUCCUCCGACCACAAGCCUCUUGUUGCUGUCUUUGAGCUCGAGGUCGAUGCAGUUGUCCCAGAACUCAAAGCUGACAUCUACGCUCAGGUGGCCCGUGAGCUGGACCGCGCUGAAAACGAAGGCCGGCCUUCCGUCACCAUCGUCAGGGAAGGGCAAGAGUCCGCCGACGACUUGGUCGAUUUCGGUCAAGUCAGUUUCAAACAGAGGCAAGCCGCCUACUUCACGAUCGCAAACACCGGCGGCGUUCCGGCGACGGUCAGCUUUGUCCAGAGGCCAAGUCCCGGCGGCGCACAAGGCAACGGGUCGGAGUCGGCUCACUGGCUGGCGACCUCGCUUGACCAAACACAGUCGGGAGACGACUGCCACGACGACAAUCCAAAGAACGUUGGACAGGAAGUGACACUAGAGCCAGGCGAAACGGUGAAUGCCACGCUUGGGGUGUAUAUCGACAAAGUGUCGCAGGCCAGGGCGCUGAACGAGGGCCGGGAGAAGCUUGAGGAGGUGGUUGUACUCCGGGUCGACCAAGGUCGAGACCACUUCUUGCCAGUCCGGGCCUCCUGGGCCCCAACCUGCAUCGGCAGGUCGAUUGACGAGCUCAUCAGGGUCCCCGAUGGCGGGAUCCGGGCAUUCGUCAAGUCCUUGCCUCGCGAGAAAGCGAGCGCAAACCCGGGCAUGAUUCCUCCCAGUCUCGACGUCCGCCGGUCCGCCCCGAAGGAGCUGUUCAAGCUGGUCGACGCAGUCGAGAUGCUAACCGAGCGGACGCUGGCGGAUGAGGAGAUGCUCGGAUCAUAUAGAGUGCCGAGGGACAGGCCAGGGUGGCCGUUUGAGGACUUUGUCGCACAGCCUCGUGCGGGCCUUGUCUCCACCGUCAUUGACGCCCUGGACACAGACCAGCCGAUCGCUGACGCAUUCCCUCCCGAGGCAGAUCCGUGUCAGCGGCUGGAAGCCGUGGCGAAAGCUCUCUUAUUGUUCCUAGAGGGCCUUACGGAUGGUAUCCUUAACACAUCCAUAUGGACCAAGAUCGAAGAUGCGCCCAUCCGAGCGCUUGGCCAGGGCCCGGCUGCAAAAAGCCUGUCUCAAGACAGCACAGAAGACGACAAGUCCACCAUCCUCGAUAUCCUAAUGACCACGCCCAACCACAACAUCUGUUUCGUGUUCUUGACAACCACUCUUGCUAAAGUCAUUGGUGAAGUGGCGCCGCUGAAGAAGAGCGAGUUAGAUGCCCUCAAGUCUGCUGGGUCUGGGCAUCAGGCAGGCGGCGCUGGAGGGGGUAUUGGAGCAAUUGGCGGGGCGAUAAGCCGCAGGUCCAUGAGCAUCCGGCGAAGUGUGACGGGAGGUGGUCCGUCUGUGGCAGCGGCAACACCAGUAGUGGAGGCUGUUGCGUCGUUGGAAAGACGGAAGGCCAGGGAGCAGAGAAUUGCACAUAUCUUUGGACCUCUGGUCUGUCGAACUGAAAUGCCAGCCAGAGACAAGGAGCGCAAGGUCUUGGAGGACAAACAGAAGACUGUUGUAGAGUUAUUCCUACGCAGGAGGGAGGGCCACUAGAAGCGUUGGCUGGAUGGUCUUUUGGACAUGUGGGCAAACAGGUACCUCGGUGAUGAGGUCGGUCCUGCAAGUAUAUACGAAUGAAUGCAAGUUGAUACCCCCUGA